UUCGCCACACGAGUAUCGUGCAUUUCUCUUUCCGUGACCGGCCGUACUUGGUUAUCACCGUUGUCGUCGAUUGUUCUUCACGAUUCCAUCGUACCGUUGUCUUCAGGAUCGACGUUUCGUCGCUAUUAGACAAGAUGUUGCUGAUUCAACCGACGGAGGAGAUGUCGAAGCAGAUUCGCGUGGAGCUGAACGAAAAUGUCGCGACACGUGACAAAGACGUCGAAGUCAUCAAGGAAUGGCUGACCAAACAACCGCACUUACCUGAGUUCGAUGACGAUUACAGGCUAAUGACAUUUCUUCGUGGCUCCAAGUUUUCCUUGGAAAAGUGCAAGAAAAAGCUGGACAUGUAUUUUACGAUGAGAACGGCGAUCCCGGAGUUCUUUACUAACAGAGACAUCACCAGACCGGAAUUGAGAGAUAUUACUAAAAUUAUUCAGGUGCCUCCAUUGGCGGGUUUGACGGAGAACGGACGACGAGUAAUAAUUAUGCGAGGAAUCGACAAGGACUUACCAACUCCAAACGUAGCCGAAGUGAUGAAACUGGUUUUGAUGAUCGGCGAUGUGCGUCUGAAAGAAGAAUUAGUUGGUGUGGCUGGAGAUGUAUAUGUACUAGAUGCUAGUGUCGCGACGCCAGCCCACUUCGCAAAAUUCACACCAGCUAUCGUGAAGAAGUUCCUGGUCUGUGUUCAAGAAGCCUACCCGGUAAAGUUAAAGGAGGUGCAUGUGGUGAAUGUCAGCCCGCUGGUCGACACUAUCGUCAAUUUCGUGAAACCAUUCAUUAAGGAGAAAAUUCGCAACAGAAUCUUCAUGCACAGCGACUUGAAGACUUUGUACGAUUAUAUUCCCAGGGAGAUACUACCGACCGAAUACGGCGGCGAUGCUGGGCCAAUUCAAGCAAUUCAUGAAACCUGGGUGAAGAAAUUAGAAGAAUACGGUCCUUGGUUCGCGGAGCAGGAGUCAGUGAAAGCAAACGAGGCGCUUCGGCCAGGAAAACCAAAGACUCACGAUGAUUUGUUCGGUUUGGAUGGAUCAUUCCGACAACUGGUGAUCGAUUAAACCUACAACUCAUCCAGUUGUCGAUCCGUGACAACUUCACCAGCUACCAUCCCGGUGCUAGCGCGAAGAAAAUGAGUUCGAAGAAAGGGAAGAGGCAAUAUGUGCAUCCACGUCAUGACGUUCAUCAACGAGAAACAUCAUGUUACUAAUAUGUAUAUUUUCGAUAUACAGUUUUCAAUUAUUUGUCUAUGCAUAUGUAUAUCGAAUCUCCUAAAAGAUUUUCCUGACUAGAAAUUGAUUCAUCAGACGUUUGAUAGAUUUCGAUGGAUACACCGUCGUUCUAUUCUUGCACAAAUUCAACGGUGAAAAAUUAUUAAUAGGAAUUGAUUGAUCUAAUUGAGAGCUGAGUAUUAGUUAUAGUAGAAUAGAUGUGGUUCUUUGCAGUUGAAUAAGUUCUAUUUAAUAGAAUUUUUGUUUAUAUCGAUCUCGUACAUAAUGGAGAUAUACAUACAGUUAUCGAGCAGGUUGUAAAGCUUUAAAGUAAUGUUGAUGAUGCUUACAUUGCAUAUUUUUCUAUAUCUUUUUUCAUGUGAUGAAUAAAACAUUAUUUUAUUAGAUACAAAUGUUUCAAUAGUCCUUGAUUGUAGUAACUUCUUCAAGUAUAUCGAUUAUAUCAUAGAUUUAUUAUUUAUAAGGAAAUAUAUUUUUUUAGAAAUAAUCAGAGAAUUAUUUAUCAUUAUAUUUAGCCAAUUGAAAAGAAGUACAUAUAAAUAGAUGAAUAGAUGUGUCUGAAAUUCGCAAAAUUUAUUAUACAUUUGGAACAAAACAGAUUUAAUGUUUCAUCGAUCAUUAGUGAUGAAAUGGGGAAAGCUAUGCUAUAAUUAUUUUAAUAGUAAGAAUAGAAUAAUCAGACGGAGGAAAGUAAACAUUAAUUGAAAAGUUAGACAAAUCUUGGAGUAUAUCCAUGCUUACACCUUCUCCUUCAUAUCUUCUUGAUUCUUUUUUUAAUUUAAGAUUAUCAAAUCAAUAAUUAUUUAUGAAUAUAAUAACUACUUAUGAUUUAGAAAAUCUAACUUCGUUUCACUACAGGAAAAAGUGACAUAAGAUAAAUAAUAUUUAUUUUAUUCGAACAAAAACUAAAAUUUAAAUAAAACGCAAGUGAAACAUGUGAAGUAUUUAUUUUUAUCUGGUAAUUAAUAUAAACUCGCAAAAUGUAGAUGAUUUUUCUUCCGAGAAAUGACGAAAAAGACAUCCUGUAAGUAUAACAUUAAAAUAGACGUAGAGUUUCGUUUCAAACGCAGCAUAAUUGUACAGGUGAUUACUCGUACGCAGGUAAUUCGUUUAUUUCAUUGUAAUUGCCGCGUCGAAAGUAGGUUAGACUGCAUACGUAGAGCGUAGUACUUUCGAUUUUUGAAAGUACCUUGUUUUCAACACUACACCAUGUCCCACAUUGUGGAAAAUAGGCUCGGUUUAUGUGCAAUGUACGAUAAUGUGUAUACCUUUAAAAACUAAUGGACGUGAGGAAAUAUCUCCCUCACAAUUGCCCCAUAAUUUUACAACGAAAGGAAUACUAUCAUAGUAUACAUACAUAUUGUUUUUAUAUAAAGUAUAAACGUGCGCAUAAGGUUUAAAUUGUGGAAUUAACGUAGGAAACAGAUAUAGCGUUUAUAUACUUUUCUUUUAUGUUUCAACGCACGCGAAGCAUAACGUAAAAAAUAUGAAAAGAAACUUCUUCCUUUUAUCUUCCUUUUUCAAAGUUUACUUUAGUGAAUAUUCGAAAGAAUUUAUUUUAAAUAUCUGAAGCGAGUAAAAGAUUAAUUUUCCACCGUUCUUCUAACCGUUUAGCUUUCGGUUAAAUUGAAAAUUUCUUUUCUGUUCACAUUCACACGUUAGCGUCAAUAUUUGUUAGUAACGUAAAUACUCAAAUAUAAGAACUGGCAAGUAAGUGUACUCAUAAAAUACAAUUGUAUAAAUAUUAUUACAAAAAAUUUCGUCUAAUUGACAAGCGAUAUAUAUAUUUGUAUAUGAAGCUAUCAUGCAAUAUAUGAUUGUAAAUUUCCAGUAGGAAUGUAGUAUACGUAUAGAGUACUUAAUUUAUACUUUUGUACGACUUUAUUAAAUAUUAUUUGUAGCAAUAUCCUGUAAAAUAGUUAAGGACGAGGUUGAGUAUACACAGAUUAAUAUCUUAUCUUCAUUCUACUUUAUACAUAGAUUUAUGAUUUGUAUGUAUUAAUCGCGUAUGUAAAUUAGUAAUUUCGAUUAAUUAAUACUCGUGUUGUGUUGGAAUUAUUAGAAUUAUUCAUACCUUGGAAUUAUUUAGUCAUGAUUGUAUAGCGGGUUUACACUAGACAGUUAAAGAACAUAUAAAUAUAUUCCAUAUUUAAAUAAAAUAUGUAAUUAUGAAAUAGAUUUUAUAUCAAUGACCCUAAAAUAAUUUGACAAAUUAUAUUGCGUUUUUUUAAACUGAUUUGUAUAAAUAAUAAAAUAAGAUAUACGUGUGUACAAUAAUUUAUUAGGAUAAUUAUAAUUCGUUAUAAUCGUUCAUACGUGGAAAAAUAUAUUCUCAGUUCUUACUUCGUAUCG